AUGACUACCGAAAUAGUGGAUCAAAUUGAAAUUCUGGAUCUCAUUAUAGACCCAUAUACAAAGACAUCAUAUGUUAAGCCAGAAUCAAAGAACAAUUCCUUCAUAAAUGAAAUAUUAGAACCAUCAAACGAAUUAUCUUGGGAUAUAUUAGACUUGGUUCAACAAGUUCCUGAAGUCAAUAAACUAAAGUUAUAUGAAGAACUCUUAGCUGUGCCGCAAAGUAUCAGUCGUACUUCUUAUAGAUUCAAAAGAUCUGGAUUGAAUGGAGAUGUGACGCGAUGUACAGAAGAAAUUCAACUCAGUGAAGUUGAAAAUGCCAAUUCCAGUAAUUCUUUAUCAAUUAAUAGAAAAUAUACCGCUAAGGGUGAUCUGUUAUCAGGAAAGUCUACAUUUUUACCAUUCCAACCCGGUGGGAUUGUAACGCUGUCAACAAAGAAAGAUGCUACAGAGUUUUUGCAUAGAAAUGAAGUAGGAUUAUUUGACUGGCCUCAAGGUCUUUCUAGAGGACUUCAUAUUCCAGAGCUGAAAAACAGUGAUACAUCAGUGAUAGAACUUGGCCAAGCUCAAGAAGCUGGCGAUGAAGGAAGUGACGAUAAACUUGUAUCAGAGUGGGAUUUGCAAAAAGAGACAAAGGACAACGGAAGCAAAGUAGUUGGAACUUUGCCAUAUGAUUCUUCAGAGAUAGAUGGAUUGGUACCGUUGGAUUAUUCCAGCAUAAAAAAUGAAUCAAAUGAAGAUAAGGAAAAAGAUAAUAAAUCAUGGGCCCAUGUUGUGGAAUUAGAUCAUAAGAUUGAGAAUUUCAAUGAACUUGUGCCAAAUAUGGCCAGAGAAUGGCCUUUCGAACUUGAUACUUUCCAAAAGGAAGCUGUAUAUCAUUUGGAACAAGGUGAUUCUGUUUUCGUGGCUGCUCAUACUUCAGCUGGUAAGACUGUGGUUGCUGAAUAUGCUAUAGCGAUGGCCAAUAGAAAUAUGACGAAGACCAUUUAUACAUCCCCAAUCAAAGCUUUAUCAAAUCAAAAGUUUAGAGAUUUCAAAGAAACCUUCAAAGAUGCUGACGUGGGUUUAAUCACAGGUGAUGUUCAAAUCAACCCUGAAGCAAAUUGUCUUAUUAUGACCACUGAAAUUCUUAGGUCAAUGUUGUAUAGAGGUGCUGAUUUAAUUAGAGAUGUCGAAUUUGUGAUCUUUGAUGAAGUGCAUUAUGUUAAUGAUAUUGAUAGAGGUGUUGUCUGGGAAGAAGUUAUUAUUAUGUUGCCAGAUCACGUUAAAUUCAUCUUGUUAUCCGCCACUGUUCCUAAUACAUUCGAAUUUGCCAAUUGGAUUGGUAGAACUAAAAGAAAGGAUAUUUAUGUCAUUUCAACUCACAAACGUCCAGUUCCAUUAGAAAUCUUCAUAGGUGCAAAAGAUCAAUUAUUCAAGGUUGUAAAUGCACAAAGACAGUUUGUGGAAUCAGAAUUCAAGAAGCAUAAGGAUCUUUUAGAGAAGAAGAAGGAAGGUCCACCCAAUGCAGUAAUGGGAUCUGGAAGUCGUGGAGGACCAGGAGGUAGCGCUAGAGGAGGAAAUAGAGGUGGUGGACAAGUUGCAACCAGAGGUAGAGGGAACUUCCAGGGUAAACCCCGUUUUGGUCAAGAUGGACCUAAUAAAAAUACAUGGAUAUCCUUGGUGCAAUACUUAAAGAAGGAGAACUUGUUGCCUGCUGUUGUGUUCGUGUUUUCUAAAAAGAAGUGCGAAGACUACGCCGAUUCCUUAAAAGGUGUUGAUUUCUGUAACGCCAGAGAUAAAUCUGAAAUCCAUAUGUUUAUUGAUAGGGCUGUUGCUAGAUUAAAGAAGGAAGAUAGAGAGCUUCCUCAAAUUAUAAAAGUAAGAGAAAUGCUUAGUAGAGGUAUAGCGGUUCAUCAUGGUGGUUUAUUACCAAUUGUCAAAGAAUGUAUUGAAAUUCUUUUUUCAAAAACAUUAGUCAAAGUAUUAUUUGCUACUGAAACAUUUGCUAUGGGUUUAAAUUUACCAACCAGAACAGUUGUUUUCAGUUCUACAAGAAAGCAUGAUGGUAGAAGUUUUAGAAACUUACUUCCUGGUGAGUUCACCCAAAUGUCAGGUAGAGCUGGUAGAAGAGGAUUGGAUCCUACUGGUACUGUUAUUGUCAUGGCAUAUAAUGAUCCUAUUUCCCAAUUAGACUUCAAAGAGAUUGCAUUAGGAAUGCCUACAAAGUUACUGUCUCAAUUUAGAUUAACAUAUAAUAUGAUUUUGAAUUUAUUGAGAAUUGAAGCUCUUAAGGUGGAAGAAAUGAUAAAACAUUCAUUCAGUGAAAACUCAGCUCAAGUGUUACUUCCUGAAAAUCAAAAGAAAGUUGAAAAAUUAUCAAUUCAAUUAAAAGACAUAGAGAAACCGAAAUGCUUCAAUUGUAAACUUGAAAGUAUGAUGGAAGUCUAUGAUUUGGUUACGAAAUAUGAAAAAUUAUAUGGAGAAUCUGUCAUUGAAAUCCAUAAACUGGCUACCUUAAAGACUCAAAUUCUUAAAAUUGGGCGUGCUACAGUAUUCAGAGAUAAGUCAGACUGUGUGAAGUUAGGAUUUGUUGUCAGAUCUGAUUCUGCUAACAGUGCUGUUUUGUUAUUAACUUUCAAUCAUGGUGCAGAAUAUGAAAAUGAUGUAGAGAAAUUCAAACAACCAUUUAUUCCACAUAAGACUUACUUGAAAAAUAAUUUUAAAAAGAUAAAGUAUAGCGGAAAUUUGAGAGUUGAAUCUGUUCCUUAUAAUAAAGUGGUUUUCAUAUGUAGAUAUGGAUUGAAAUCUUCCAUAUCUGACAUUUUAAGAAAUGAUACUGAGGUCGUUAAUGAGGCGGUGAACCAUAUAAAGGUUUUACUUAAAUUCCAAUUCCAAUGGGAAGAGCUUGAGCUUGGAAAGAGUGCUCUGAUUAAUCUACACAAUACAGUAAUAGAGAAGAACAAUAUUUUGACAAAGCUUGAUAUAACCUUAGCUUUCUAUUGUGCCGAAUUUAAGGAGCAUUAUCAAAUUAUCCAUAAGAUAGAUACUUUACAAACAGAAAUUGACCAUUUGAAUCGAUUAAUUUCUGAUGAGAAUUUAGAUUUAUUACCCGAUUAUGAGCAACGUUUACAAGUAUUAGGAGAGUUAGGAUUCAUUGACGAACAACAGAAUGUCGUCUUGAAGGGAAGAGUAGCAUGUGAGAUUAAUUCUGGUUGGGAGCUUAUUAUCACUGAAUUAGUAUUGGAUAAUUUCUUAGGUGACUUUGAAGCUGAGGAAAUAGUGGCGUUACUUUCAUGUUUUGUUUAUGAAGGUAGAACUAAUGAAGACGAACCACCAUGUAUCACUCCAAGAUUAGAAAAGGGAAAGACCAGAAUCCUUGAAAUCGCAAAGAAGAUGAUUGGAGUAUAUUCUGAAAAGCAAGUUAUAUUAACUUCAGAAGAAGAAGAAUUCCUUGAAAGAAAAAGAUUUGCUUUAAUGAAUGUUGUAUAUGAAUGGGCAAGAGGUCUUUCCUUCAAUGAAAUCAUGGAAAUGAGUGUUGAAGCUGAAGGUACCAUUGUUCGUGUUAUAACAAGAUUAGAUGAAAUUUGUCGUGAAGUGAAGAACGCUGCAUUAAUCGUCGGUGAUUCAACUUUACAUGCUAAAAUGAGUGAAGCUCAAGAAAGAAUUAAAAGAGAUAUUGUUUUCUGUGCUUCUUUAUAUUUAUAA